AGUUUGCCAGAUUCAUUUUCCAGGGAGGAGUCGUCGCGUAGACAAGCUUAAAUCCGAAGCGGGCGCCGCCAAGUCGACUGAGUGGUCUGUCAAGCUAAUCCAUUUCCGGACGAAGUGGAGUGCUCCACAGUGCGUGCGAAGAGUGAUAGUGAAAAAGGAGUUUCGGGAUCGGGAUCAGAACCCCGCUACGCCAUAUUUGUUUUCUAAGCGUCCGUGUGUGUUUCAACUACUUUGUUUAAGUGUCCGGAUGUGUGAUAGUGCAAAGACCAUCGGGAGCAUUUGCAUUCUAUAAAUGGUACGACUGUCCGCACCGAGAUUUACUUGAAUUUUAACAAGGCUUGCAAGGGGAAGACGAUUUCCACCGCCUGCGUUUCUGUAUGCUGUCAACCCGCUAUGAACCAGUAUGUGUGUGCCCGUGUUGGUGUGAGUGUGAACCCGAUUGAGAACGCGAACGUUCAACGUUGGUGUGAGUGCAAGUGGCUCUAAGCGCGCGGCGAAAAAUAUCCGCUUACCUAAGCAAAAAAGCUCUGGCAACGGCCUAAGAACGCACCUGGGCACAGACACAGCGACAGCCACAGAAAUACCUGUGCACACGAACGUGGCCAGCACACAAAGCGAAACCAGAAAGUCCACAUUUUUCGACCUGCUCUGCGCCCCCCUCUUCCCUUCCAGUCGUGCUCUCGACUGGAACGCCGCUCUACAGCUACAGCACAGCGUAUUAGUAAGUCCGCUACGUAGCCACAAUGGGCGACUCCACGCCCAUUUGUCGGUGCCGCGUGCUCUACCUGGGCAGCGCCGUGCCGCGCCAAAGCAAGGACGGUCUGCAGGGAAUCCAGGAGCCGCUGCGCAGCCUCUAUCCUUCGGAAGGGGCGGUGGGCGCCAAGGGCAUCGACAGUUGGCUGAGCGUCUGGUCGAACGGCAUCCUACUGGAGAAUGUGGACGAAAACCUUAAGCAGAUCACGCGCUUCUUCCCGAUUGAGUCGCUACACUACUGCGCCGCCGUGCGUCAGGUGCUCAUCCCAGAGCGGGGGAACGCCCAUCCGGAGCCAAAGUUUCUGCCGCUGGACUCGCCCUUCGCGCGAAUGCCGCGCGCCCAGCACCCACCCAUCUUCGCUGCCAUCUUGCGGCGCACCACCGGCAUCAAGGUGCUCGAGUGCCACGUGUUUAUCUGCAAGCGGGAAGCGGCCGCGAACGCGCUAGUCAGGUGCUGUUUCCACGCCUACGCUGACAACUCUUACGCUCGCCAGUUGGAGACGGGUGGAUCGGGAGGUAGCGUAUACGGCACCCUGAAGAGCGCUUCCGGCAGCAAGUCUAGCGCCGACUUGACUAGCGUGGGCCUCGCCAACGCAGUUGGAAACGGAUUCGGAGGUGGCAACCACCAUCUAGCCCUUUCCGGCCAAGCUGGCUGGCGAUCGCGGGCGGGCAGCACUACGACCCUGAAUAGCCUAGGGCGCGCAUCUAACGGUCAUGCCAAUGGAUCAGCGAUGGGCACGAAUGGUGGCAGCACUGGCAGCGCGGCCGAGGGUUACACGUCUGUAAAGAACUUUUAUGGCAGUAGCGCUGACCUCAACGUCACCGUUGAUGAUGGCGAUGCCUCAUACAACGGCGACGAGAACCAUAAGGUUUGGAGUGGGUCACAGGAUCAGUUGGACAGCAUCGUGCCCCUUGAGAGUCCUUACGAGCUGUUUGCGGGAAACGCCUCCACACUAGGGAGACCCUUGCGUGCGCGCCAGAUCAGCACGCCGAUCGACGUGCCACCACCGCCGGUAAAGGAGGAGCGAAAAACGAAGCGUGACAAGAAGGGGUCUAGGUCGAGCGGCAGCCAGAGCCUCUCCGGCACCCUAAUUCGUCCGAAGCCCGUGCACCCGGCGACGCUUCAUCGCCCCGGCUUCCAGGGUCCGGUAGGACCUGGCAGCAUGAUCUACGGACCCGUCUCCGGACACGGACCGCAUUCUGCCCGCUACCACACGAUCAGUCACCGCGGCUUCCCAGCGGGUCCGCAAAGCCACCAGGUUCACCACCCGCAGCCUCAUCCUUCACAGCAUCCGGUCCAUAUGAUGCACCACCCCCACAUGGCAGGCCUUCCGCCCAUGCAAAUCCCCGUAAUGAUGCCGCAGCAGUACGCCACCCUUCAGCCAUCGCGCUCCACCAACAAGAAAAAGAAAAAGGACAAAAAGAAUGGUGGGGGCGGAGGUGGAGGAGUGCCCGUCGGGAUGCCUAUUGUGCCGCCCAUUUACGCCUACCAUCAUCAACAGGCCAUGGGUAGCGUUCCAUCCCCCCAGAUGGCCCAGUCCCUAAUUGGGGAGCCACGUGCUUUGGGCCAUGCAAGCCGCAAGCUGGCGGCAUCGAUGGGCAACGGACUGGACGACUCUGGAAACUCGGGAGCCGAGUCGCCAUCGCCAGGCGGCACUGGCAUCUACAAGCGCAAAGGACACUUGAACGAGCGGGCCUUCAGCUACUCUAUACGCCAGGAGCAUCGUAGCCGCAGCCACGGAUCGUUGGCAAGCUUGCAGUUUAAUCCGCCGGACAUAAAAAAGGAACGUGAGAUCGCCCAAAUGGUGGCAGGACUAGACCUCAAUGAUGGCGAACGACCAAUGGGCCCAAAUACACUUCAGCGCAAGCAGGCCAUGACAAUGCCAAAUGGUGGGGGGCAGGGUCCAGUGCCUGGACAGCAUCCUCACGCUCACACUCCGCAUCCACAUGCCAUCUACGGCCCACUAGGACCAGCCAGCAGCUUCGGAAAGCCGCGAAGAUAAGAGUUAAUGGGUCUACAACAUAACU